AUGGCAGCUCCUCUUGGAGAUGUGCUCAGCGUGGUCCACCAGUCUUACACGACACAGGCGCUAUAUUACCUAAAGCUGGACCAUUCUGCUUUGCAGCUUAUCUCAACAUCAUUUCCCGCCAGCUCAGUCGCUCCCUUUGCCCUCCUUCGUUUGGACCAUACCUCCUUCGUAUCAUUUCAAUCAGCUCUGGAUCACUGCAAACAAUAUGCCAACUCCUCAGACUCCAUUCAGCGACUCUUCACCUUCGCGUGGGCCUCGACCUUUCCAAUCCUGGCCGGUAUCAUUCUCUUCUACGGCCGAAUGACUAGACAGAACGUACGAAGCCGUCAUGAAGGCAAUAUCGCACCCUUCGUCGCCCUUAUUCGCUCGCCUCAGAACCCUUCAGCCCUUCUGGAGGUGCAUUUCAGGCGGGACUCUCGCAGUAGCGUCAUCGAGAUCGUUCAUAUACGUCGGGUGAAUCAAGACGAACUCGAACAGGCCACUGCGCAGGACGUAAUACCGACGACAUCAGCUUUACGCGCCAUAGACGGCCAGUCUUCCCUGUCGAUCUCCUCAUCGGACGAGCUAUCCACCUCGAACACUUCCUUCGACAGCCUCGCGGACUUGACAGCUCACAUAUCACUCGAAUGCCUUGACGACCUCCAUUCGCCUUGUACAGCCGCCCGGAUGAGCGGCGCCUCGUCUCGUAGGAGUUCGGGUGGUGUUGCCGCCGCCUCCGUUCUCCGAUCUGUCAUGGCGCUAUCCCAGGUCGCCUCUGUGGCCUUGGUACACUCGGCCGUGCUUAUCGAGAGAGUGGUCCAACUGGCUUCAAGACGGCCGGCCGUUCUCGACGGGUGCGAUGACGUAUUGUUCGCAACGCGAGCGGCGGAUACGGGAGUUCAUGAUAAAGAGCUGUACGAAUUGGCGCGGAAUGGCUCAGACAUGUUUCCAGAGGACGUAGCGAAGACAACUACGUGUGGGAUAGCUUCAUCUGGCGGCGAAGCCCAGCAACACGGACGCUCAAGCGCUACAGUCAACGGCGGUACCUCGAGACAAGCGCCCGGUUAUUGUACAAUCAUGCGCAACAACGAUCCCGCGAUGCGGGUACAGGGAUGUUCAACUUUAGGCGCGGCUCAGUGCAUGACAGCUCGUCCCGGGAUUGGGAUGCAGCAAGGCGCCUCUUUCGUGAAUGCCGAACGAACAGCGGAAGUGUCGGGCCGAGAUGGCCGACGCCAUUCGGACUGCUUCUCCGACGCGCAGCAACGUCAUACUACAGGCGCCUCUUCACCUACAGUUCACUUGCCGGACAUUGAUGGGACCGAUACUGAAUCUCCUGCAGAAGUGGGGCUUCAUACUGGUUUCGCUGGUAGGAGGGCGCAGUCUGCCGACUCCUCUCUGAUCUCCGGAAGAUCGACAUUCCUUGACUACGUCCGCGAUACGCUAUACGCCUUCGAGAUGAACGAAACCCCUUACUUAGGGAAGGAUGCGCGGUGGAAGGCAGAGUUCUUCGACGAGGGCAAUCUCGUACUUAUUUGA